ACAGAACUAGAUAAAAAAUAUAAGGAUCUGAUUGAAGUAUUAAGUAGAUAUUAUAAAGAAAAAAUAUUUCUUGUUUACGCUGAAUUGAUUAAGCAUCAUUCCAUUCAAGAAAAUUUAUAUGAUGAGUAUAAAUGUGUAAUAGACGCUGAGCUAAAAAAAAAUAUAGCGAUGGAUCAUAUUUCACAA